AUGGCUCGCACUAAGAACAAGGCCAGCGAUACGCUUGCCCAGCGCUUGGCUCUCGUGGUGAAGUCCGGUCGCAUCAGCAUGGGAUACAAGAGCACUCUCAAGGCUCUGCGUACCGGAAAGGCCAAGCUUGUUCUCAUCGCCGGCAACACCCCUCCGCUGCGCAAGUCAGAGCUGGAAUAUUACGCGAUGUUGAGCAAGGUUCCUGUCCAUCACUUUGCGGGUACCAACAUCGAGCUUGGCACUGCGUGUGGCCGUCUUUUCCGUUGCGGUACGAUGGUCAUCCUCGACGCUGGUGAUUCCGAUAUCUUGACCGACCAAGCGAUUGUUUGA